CUCUGCUUUUGGCCCCCAGAGGGCAUGCUCCCUACCCAACAGUCCUUGCGCGGCCUGGCCGAGCGGACAGCAGGACUCCAAGAUGGCGUCAGUCGUACCACUGAAGGAGAAGAAGCUCCUGGAAGUCAAACUAGGGGAGCUGCCAAGCUGGAUACUGAUGCGGGACUUCACCCCUUCGGGCAUCGCUGGAGCAUUUCAAAGAGGCUACUAUCGGUAUUACAACAAGUACGUGAACGUGAAGAAAGGGAGCAUUGCGGGGGUCUCGAUGGUGCUGGCGGCCUACGUGUUUUUCAACUACUGCCGCUCUUACAAGGAGCUCAAACACGAGCGGCUACGCAAGUACCACUGAAGAGGGCGCACUCUGCAUUCCUGACCAUCAUCUUUGCCCAGCACCCCCAAAUCCUUUCAUAUCCUAAUGGAGAAUUAACAUCCAAUAAAACAUGACUGGUACUUGGACUGCC